CUGACUCAUGUUCAUGUUGAGUAGGUGGAACUGUUGAAUGAAUGGUCUCGCUUUAAGAGGUUUACGUGUGUAACAUUGCAUAUCCUGAAAAACACCGGCUCUUAGAGAAUUUUUUUUGUUCCUGAUAGAAGUUUGGACAUUUAAGUUGUUAUAACGGUGACAUACCUGGAACAAAAACAAAGUAUGUCGGUUAUGGUAUGCUAAUUUGCAGGCACAAAGAAGGGAUCCCUGGAAGUGAUUUGUUGAGGCCUUGGGAAAUGUCAUUGAAUUUUUAUUCUUUUUGAGAUUUUGACAACUUGUGUGAUUCUUUUAUGUGUAUAAGGACAUUCACUCUUUUGAUGUUCAUGCCUCUUUUUUUUUCAAUGGGAACUAAAAGUUAUUGAACUUGAACAUGCCCAGUCACAAUACACAGACUACGACCUUUGAGCACCCAGUAACUGGCAGAACAGUGAACCAUGGGAGUCCAAAACAAUCCCCCACCUCUGCAGCCUCUCCCCCUAACAGUCCAGGUGGAGGACCCCCAAAGUCGCCAAUAAGAUCUCCUACAAAACUAAGAGCUCUGAAAGCACCAGCAGCAAAACGAGAAGAAACCGCCAUGGUUACCAUAAAGGGCUGGCUCUAUCGUCAGGAGAGUGGUGGCCUGAAAUCCUGGAAGAAACGUUGGUGUGUCCUUGCAGAUUUUGGACUCUUCUUCUACAAAGAUGAUAAAGAGCAUCAUUCUGUGGGCUCCAUUUUGUUGCCUAGCUACCAGAUUUCCCAGAGUGCUCCAGGAGAAAGCAACAAGAAGUUUUCGUUUAAAGCAGAACACAACAAUAUGAAGACAUAUUUUUUUGCCUCGGACAGUCAGGUGGACAUGGAGAGGUGGAUCAAGUCUCUCAAACUGGCAGCCGCCCUUAAAGGGGUCCCCAAGAAAUCUCCUGAGCCAAAUAACAACACUCCUAAGUUGAUCCCUAAAUCAGCCUUUAUGGAAUGGGAUGAGGAUGAAGAUGAGGAUAUCAAGAAAAGAUUUAGUGGGCCACCAGAAUUUCCUCCAUGCGCCAAGUCUAAUUCAGCUUUCGGUCCUUAUCAAGAUCAAGGACAACAGAGGGUUUCUCCCGAGAGGAAUACGAAUCAAUAUCCGGAGAUUCGUGACCAGCCUCAUAGAAGAUAUGAACAAUUCCCCACAAAUCCAAGGGCUCAAGUGAAUCACCGGCCUCAGAACAGACAGACAGACAGGACAAGGCCACUUAGUGAGGAAAUUCAACCUUCUAGGAGUUAUCCUAGAGACAGUUCACUGAGACCUGAUGAUCCCCAGAAUCGCAGGUCAUACAAUGAACCCUACUCUCAAGAAAGAUCUUACAAUGAAUAUGAUCCAAGGAAUGGGGUUCCGAGGAAUGUGGAUCCGAGAAGGAAUACUCAGGACAAUCGUUAUCCCAGCUACAGGGAUGAGGUGGACGUGAGGUUAGGUUAUCCCAAUAGAGUUCCUGAUUACAGCAGGGCAGCUUACGAUCAGGAGAAAGACAGGGAGAAUUCAUACAAUCAAGACAAUGUGUACAGCAAACCUGUGAAAAAACUCAAUAGAGAUCUGUCUCCUCAUGAAAGGUUUGAGGAAAGAGGUGGGCACAAUCGAACUAAGGAAUACAGAGUUCAGUCGGGUUCACCAAGGCACAAAGCUGAGGACAAUCCUUAUGUUCACAUGGCACAGCAAGAUCCAAGAUCUGUGGAUAGACCAGACAUAAUUCCUCAUUCAAAUCAUUCCCGAGAAACCAGUGAAACCAGUAAUUAUGGUUACUACUCUCCACAGAGGGCGGAGGCUCAACAGAUGGAUCGUCUCUAUGGAGAGGAAAGGGGCUACCCACAGGAUCCUCAGAUUCUAAGGCACGGAAGGAUCAAACCAGAACACGAUGAAAAUUACCCAGGUCGCUCCAACAGUCAGCACCCUAAGGAGCCCCCCAGACUGUACCUUACCCAGGAUCAGGCGCCGGUCAGUCAGACCAGCCAGCCGUUACAGCAAGCAAACCGAGAAAAUCUCAACCUACCAGUCAGUCGGAGUGAUCUCUACAUAGACAUUCCUCAUACAUAUGUCAAUAUAGGGGAUGCCCUGUCACACAGAAACGGGGACCAGAUCAGUCCCGCCCCCCACCGCCCGCCCCUUCCUACGGCUGUCAGGUCUCAGUAUGUGGAGGAACUGGCACAAGCCAAGACCCCAAAGACUUCCCAGGAGUUGCUGGAUGCUGAGAGAGCCCUAGAGAUAAGGAUGCAGCAACCUGCUUACUUCAACUAUCCUACUCCCACCAAUGAAAAUGCACCACAUUUUCCUAGAGGAGGAAAUAAUUACCAGGGAAAUCACCUUCAUCCAGGAUAUGGGUGUUAUCCUCAACAAAAUGAGCCUGGGCACGGGAACCAGAAUGGGUACAAAUCAAAUGCCAACAAUCACCGAGAUAUAGAUAACUCAGAAGAACCUAGGAUAAUCAAGGAGUUUCAGAAGUCGUCAAUGUUAAGAUCAGGGUCCAGGGAAGUACUCCAGAGUCUUGAUGCCAGUGAUCUCGCUCGAAGGCGAAUGAGCAGUCCUGACAACGAAAUGUCUCGACAGCUGGGUAAAAAUGAGUCUGGAGAUGAAGAAACUUUCCUAAAGGAACAGAUCUCAGAAAGGGACAUGCUGGAGAAAAAUAAUAUCAUGCAUCAAAGUAUGGUAGAACAAAGACUGAAUGACAGUCUUAUAAAUGACAGUAGAGACCAGAAUAUUAGUUUCUCCAGACAUCCAGGGGAAAGACAGGAUUUAGACACCACUGCAAACUCCCUCAAUGGACCUCAGUUUGUGGAGAAUUCCAGAAGACCCAACAGUCAAAGAAAUUCCAUUGAAGGGUCCAACCUCAACAGAGUCAAUAAUCUGUUUAUACAGAAUGCUCCCAUGAAUGAUAAAACUACCAACAGGAGUUUUGAUGGACCUUUCCCCCAAACCAGCCAAUCAGCUGAAAGACCCAUCAUAAAUGAUUACAGGUACAAAGCUGAUGAUGAAACUGAAAGUGAAACAGAUGUCAAAAAGAGGCUGUCAACAGCUAGUUCUCAGGUAUCCAGGAGGGAGGAGCCAGAGACACAGAGGCCCCACCCACAAUCUGUCAAUCAAAGACCAGAUUUCGGUGGAAGGAAGGGAGGCAAGAAACCACAGCCAGGAAUGAUCCAUACAGUUAAGGAGGACCCUGAUAUGCCAGACUCUCAAGUCAUUGCAACUGCUGGACUCCCUGGUCUGAAUAAGAAGUAUCCGAUUGGAGGAAGUCGAAUCAGAAUGAGCAUUUCUGCAGGGGAUCUCCUGGGGAAGACUCACGAUGAGCUUGUUCUGAUGCUGAUACAGUUGAGGAGAGAUCAGGCAGCUGAAGAAAAUAUCCGACAUUUCCUCAGACAAAGACUGGACGAGAAACGACCUGCGGAACACAGAUACAGGCAAAUUGUUCAACAGUCAGGGGGUCCAGUGGAUGCCCAUUUAGAGGAGGAACACAACGACUACAUGAGACUGAAAUACCAACUCAUAGACGUGGAAAAAGGGCUGGAGGUGUACAGACCACUGGUAAACUUGGUCCAUAACAUGGUCAACAUGGGUAGUCUGUAUGGAGGGGACAAUUACAUGAUGGCCACUCAGUACAGAAAGCAUUUACUAUCUCCUGAGGAGUACACCCCUCCCAAGAAAAUGAUAGAGUUUUCACGUAAGCACCAGGAGGAGGAGAUGGUACAGAGUAUGAAGGAAGAGAUUCGACAGCUCAAUCAGGACGAGGCAGACUUAGAGGAGAAAUUGGAAAGAUUGUAUGAGCUUGAUCGGCUGCUGCAGGAGCAAUCGUACAAGGUCAUCAGUUACCAGGAGGACAAGGAAUUACUAGAGAAAGCCCUGCAUGGCAUCCUGAGACAGCAGGACAUGAGUCGUGAUAACCCCCGUGACCUUGACAAUCUUCUACAUCAGCAGAGGACGAUAGAGAAGGAACUGUCCAGGGUCAUGCACUAUCUGGCAGAGGCAUCUAAGGAGUUGGAGGAAACUACAGCAGAGAAUAACAAAGUGGAGCAUGAGGUGGCGUUGUUGAGGUCAAAAGUUCAUGGUGACCUCAAUCGCAGCAAGAGUGCCCCUUCACUGUCUGAAGAAAAUUACAAGAACAAGGUAAAGAUGGAGAAGGACUUAGCCCGAGUCCAGGACAUGAUGGCCGGACUGACGGAACAGCAGGCCGAGUUAUCUGAGGCCAUGAAGAGAUUCCGAAGAUUAUCAUCGGGGGGAGGGAUGGAAAACAUGCUGGACAAACCCGAAAAAGAAUCACCCAAGACAAAUAGGAAUAAAUCUGUAGAGAAGUUACCCAGUACUUACCUGGAGACAGACUUAGAUACUGGGGACUGUAAGGAUUUGUCUCAGGUACAACAGGUGCUCCACAGUUAUAACUCACUACCCCGGGGAGGCUUCCCCCCGGACGCCUCACCCACAGACGUAGGCAGAUACGAAACCCUGGUCAGCCAAAAUAAUGUGUCCCUAGAGAGCUCCUCUAUUUCCCCUGGAGGAGGUCCAGUGGCACCAAUGGAAAACUCAGAGGGACAGUGGGACAUUUCAGAGGCUGAUGACAAUACCAAGCGCUUCUUUGGUAUUAUACCCAAAGAGAAACCCAAAGUGUUAACUGUUAGAGAUGUGAAGCGUCAAUCGGAGCUCCGCAAAGAAAAUCACAAAACUCGACGGGAGGAUGUUAGUCCUGAUCCAUCUUGGACUUACAAUGGACAAGGAGUUCAGAAUGAAGAGCCACCCUCCUCUGGUAGCCAUGGUAACCACCCAGUGUACGAGAACCUGCCUCCGGUAAAUUCCAGUAAACCCUGGUCCUCUGUGUUGCCUAGCAACUCCUCCUCUGCUCCGUCCUCUCGCCGCUCCUCCAGCCUCCAUCUCAUGGGGCCGCGACCUUUUGUACCCUUCCACUUGCAAUCAAACACCCCCUCCCCUGUCACCCAUGUGGAAUCCCCUGUCACUGUCACCACCAACAGCAGCUCCUUCCAUCAGCCAACAGAUGGUGUUGUGAAGGCCACCAGAAUCAUCGUCCAGCCCCCAUUUAAUGACAACGAAACCAAUGGUGAUGGCGGGACAGCUCCAGUCGGGACCCGUGGCAGUACGGGAAUGUUUAAUGUGAAAAGGACACCUAAAGGCCGGUACAUGACCAUCUCUAGCAGUGAACCAGUCAAACUGGAAACCUCAAUCAUCCAACCCACCUCACCUAACACUGCGGCCGGGGAUCUCAUGACCAACAGAAUGGACAUGGUUCCGGACAUUGUGAAGAGUUCCCAGAAAGCACCACACCAGCUGGACGAGGCAGCCAUAGAACGAGAAAUUUUGUACGUACCCAAUAAAGUGGAAAUCCCCGAGAGGUACAUACCAGACUCAGAUGAUGAAAGCAUCACAGAGGAGGAGAAAAUCAAACGAGAGGAAAAAGCCGAGAAAAUCAAACGACUACUGACCAAGUCCAGUGUCCAGCACUCGCUUUCCCAGCCAGACGUAAGUCAAGUGGGGGAGAUUCAUCAGCAAGCCAAGGAACAGAAGAUUAAAACUGCUCACCUCCUCGCGGUCAGCCAGGAGCUUGCUAAACAGGUCACUCUCAAAUCCCGACAGGCAGCUGUUGAGAGAGCCAAGAGAAGAAAGACAUGGUCUGGGUCCCCAAGUAAAGUCAUUGGUCCAGUUCUGGACCCAGAAGACGUAGAGGUGGGACAGACCCUCGGGAGUUCCGACGACCUUCCCAUGUAUCACCGCAGACAAGGGAGCUCGGAGUACAUAGCACCACACCACCGCCGACAGGAAAACAUGUACAUGUGAUCAAAUGUAACGAAGGUCUGGAAAAAUCAUAAAGCAGAAUAUACUGAACAUUUAGUGAUGUCUGGAUUCUGAAACAAUUUGUUUGAGAUUUUAGAAGAAUUUUAGAUUUUUCAUACUGAUAUUAUGGCAAAUUUGGAAGACCCAUUUCAUGUAAAUUUUGUUUGAAAUGAAACGUGUAUUAAAGAACGAUUGUUUAAAAACUUGAUUAGUCUUUUUAAAAAGAUAAAGACUUAAAAAACAAUAAUGUAAUAAUAAAAGAUGAUGUUCCCAGCAAUAAUUUACAUAUAUCUGCCAAUUAUUUUUGCUCUGUGAUAGAAUUCAGUGUGUAAAGGAUAACUCCUUUUUGAUAAAUAUGUUCAAUUGUUUUUUAAUAGUAUAUUCCUACACUAACAGUGCUACUAAAAUCAAAUGGAGUGAGAAUUUUUUUGUAAAUUUAGAUAUAUGUAGAUUUAAACCAAGUGUCUGGUUGAACAGUAUUAGCAAGCAUUUCAGUGUAUGUAGCAUUCCUAAUCAGAGAAUCACUUUGGGUUAAGGUGUAAUUGUAAGGAGCCCCAAGAGGCUGUCUCGAAUUUGAUAUGGUCGUUUUUCUAAAACACAGUGUUCAUGUUUUUUUUGUGUAAAGGAAAUUUUGGAGCUGAUGGUCAGAGUAAGAGAAAAAUUUUUAAAAAGGACAUUUACUGAGCCAAAGAAGUGUUUAAGAAGUUUAGUCUGUGUAUUUGCUUAUUGUAGCUUCUGCUUUGUGUUACAUAUAUACUACCUCAUAAGCAGCUAUUUUAUUGGAGAUUAUGUUUCAAAAAGAAUUUAUUCAAUUUGUUUGUAAUUUAAAUAUUGAUUUUUAUGUCUAUGAUUUCAUGUUAUAACAUUGGUGCUGUUUGUUUAUACAAAAUUUCUAAUAAGAUUUUGUUGUCUUGUGUAUUUUGCAAACUGAGGUUGUGUUGCCCAAUUCCAUUAUAAUUUAAACUUUUUUGUGAGAAGAUACAAUUUUUUCUGCAAAUUAUGAAGACUGGUUGUGUUGAUCACAUUCCAUCGUAUUUUUGAUUUGUUUUUCCACAAGAAACUUGUCGACCAUAAACAUGUUUGAAACAUAUCUACCAUAGAUUUGCUUUUCUAAGUAUAUAUAGUUAUGUGCAUUCCAUAAAAAUGGUAUUUACUCUUUACAAGAUAUAUGUACAUGUAUAUGACUUUUUUUAAAGCUAGUAUAGUCUUAUAUGAAAAUUUACUAAAUACUAAUAAUCUACAGUAUCUCAUUCAAUUUGUAUACAGAUGUGGUUGUGAGUUUUUGAUCUAAAAGUUUUACAUCGAUUAUUUCAUGUCAUCUCCAUUCCAUUAUUCGGUUCAUUCAUUGACCUAGUUGUUAUGCUGCCACUACAUGUACAUGUACAUGUACAUGUCAGGUAUAAUUGACAAUGCAUUCUAUCUGUCUGCUACGUGUAUCUAUUUUUUAUUACUCUCUACAUGUUUGGAAAAAUUGCAAGUGGUUUAUUAUUACAGUAUUUAUAAUGUAAAUUGCUAUUUACAAGAAAAUAUUAGUGUAAAAAGUAGUUCUAUAUAAAAGUAACGUUUGUGAAAUUUACUAGCUAGCUCAUUUUAAAUAUGAACCAUUAAUUGACAUAACAUUUUCCACAAGUACAGUAUAUACAUGUAACAUUGUAAGAAGGCCAGUUGUCUCUCUGAUCUAUCGAGGGUGCAGCCGCACUAAUGAGUUGUUAGACAGCAUGUGACAUAUUGUACAGCUUCAUCUUAUUUACAUCAUGAUAUUGUUUUCCUUGUUGCAAUGAUAGAUUGAAACUUUAUAAUAUUUUAUAAAUUCUAUAUUAUAAUAU